UCCAUUCGUGGAUUUCAUUCAUGAUAAUGUGUGGUGUCUUAUCAAACGGAAACCAUGCCAAAUCAGUUGUGAAUCAUGUUUUGGUCAUCCAACAUUGGAGGCGGUGUGACCGGUGACCAAUGCCCAGCCCAGUAGAGUCAGAUGACCAUUCACAGAGCAGCAUGUGGGGCAGACUUGGUCUUGGCCAACCUAUGAAAACACAGAGAAACGUUCACUGUUUACCAGCCUGCUUCACAACAGACAGGACGACGAAGACCACAAGGCCAGUUUUCAACCCUACAGAGGCCUAAAAAGACAGCUUUCAGACAGCAGAACCUCAGAAAUGUUCAUAGCUAUGCCUUUGCAAUACAGUAUAUACUGUUUUCUCUGCUAUAAAUCUGCAUCUAUGUUAUAGUUUUGUGUUAACAUAACAUAAGCUCAACACUGGCUACAAAGAGAUUGGAUUUUGUCUGCGGGACUGGAGUAGCGUAGUUCUUGGAAUCCCAAACUGAUUUAGAAGUAUUCAUUUUGUUAUGUCGUGUUUUAAUGUGUUACGAAUUAUAACAUGGACAUUGUGUCUCUGAAAAAACUGUAGCCUCUGCACCUGUUGUAUGUCAGGUGGCUAUUUUUGUUCUAGAAAAAGAUUUGUGUUGGAUUUCAAGGUUUGAUAGCAUGCCAGUAACAGACCAGGCUUUUGUCACCCUGGCCACUAAUGACAUGUACAGCCAGGGGGCGCUAGUCCUAGGGAAGUGCUUGCGCCGGCACGAGACCUCCCGACUGACCGUGGUGAUGGUCACCUUGCACGUUUCCCAGGGUGCACGGGCAGCCCUGGCGGGAGUGUUCCACCAGGUGAAGGAGGUGGAGGUUCUGGACAGUUCAGACUGGGCACACCUGAGCAUGAUGGGCCGUCCAGAGCUGGGUGUCACCCUCACCAAGCUCCACUGCUGGGCCCUCACAGAGUACACCAAGUGCGUGUUCCUGGACGCUGACAUGCUCGUGCUGUGUAACGUGGACGAGCUCUUCGACCGUGAGGAUUUCUCCGCUGCCCCUGACCCAGGCUGGCCUGACUGCUUCAACUCCGGCGUUUUUAUCUUCCGGCCAUCUCUGCAGACCCACGGCCGGCUUCUGCAGCGGGCCAAGGAGAACGGCAGUUUCGACGGUGGAGACCAGGGGCUGUUGAAUUCCUUCUUCAGUGACUGGGCCACGGAAGACAUCAGCAAGCACCUGCCAUUCAUCUAUAACCUCAGCACCAGCACUAUCUACACUUACUUACCAGCGUUCCAGCAGUACGGGCGAGAGGCUAAGAUCAUUCACUUCCUGGGUGCAGUCAAGCCCUGGCAUUGCACGUAUGACCAUCAGAAGGGGGAGGUUUCCCUGGGAGAUGGGUCGCUGUGUCACCCGAUGCUCAGCCCGUUUCUGAAGCAGUGGUGGGCGGAGUACUGGAGGCCUGGAGCACCAUCUUUUACACAGGCAGACGUCUGGCAGAGCCCCGAGGCACACCAUCAAAAGGCGGGAAGCAUUGGGACGACACACCAAGAGGAUUUGUCUCUGCAUGUAGAGCAGCCUUCUACACCCACAGCAUCAAAGGAAACGGGGACGCACAGCGCAGACACACCUCCGGCGAAUGAGGGCGCAACUUCUGACUGGACACACCCCCUGGACCCACCUCCAGUUGAGGAAGGCGGCUCCUUUGGUUCAGGAGCCUUGGAGAGCAGCCAAUCAGAAGAGCCUGUUUUGGAGCUGUCUGCCUCCAUCGCUGAGGUGGCCAUCCACCGCACAGCAGAGGAGGAAGACCAGGAGCACAAACGCCAAUGGGAGGAGGGCUGUGCCGACUACCUGGGGAAGGAUGCUUUUGACAACAUCAGGAAAAAACUGGACAAAUUCCUUAAGUAGCUGACUAUGUAGAAGCACGCACCUAACCACACACACUGAGAUGAAAAUAAGGAAAGCAGCACUGCUGAACUGUUGAAACUGUCUUGUGCAAUGGACAGAAUUCAUGCUUUGAACAGGAAUGAUGAUGCAAAUUGUGCUUUCGGCAGCAGUGUGUUAGCUGAUUGACAGUACAUGUCAAUGGAAAUAUCCUCUGUGUGUUCUAUCAUGGAACCAUAUACACACAGCAUA